CCGUCUCCCCCGAAACGUUUCAUUUCCCCUGCGACAACCCAUUCCCACUUCCUCCGAGUCGAAGGAGAGCGACGGCGUUGGAGAGGUACGCUGAGCCAGACGGAGCGCGGAUCUGAUCGCCGGAUAGAAGCGGCGGUGGCGGAGGCUGAGGAAUGGCGUACAGGUCCGACGACGACUAUGACUACCUCUUCAAGGUGGUGCUCAUCGGCGACUCUGGCGUCGGGAAGUCUAACCUCCUCUCUCGGUUCACCCGCAACGAGUUCAGCCUCGAGUCCAAGUCCACCAUCGGCGUCGAGUUCGCCACCCGCAGCAUCCGCGUCGAGGAUAAGGUCGUUAAGGCCCAGAUUUGGGAUACCGCCGGCCAAGAAAGACAAACACUUUCUGAUAGAUACCGAGCAAUCACUAGUGCUUAUUAUCGAGGAGCAGUCGGGGCCCUUCUGGUCUAUGAUGUUACUCGGCAUACGACAUUUGAGAAUGUGGAGAGAUGGAUGAAGGAGCUAAGGGAUCACACUGAUUCCAGUAUUGUGAUUAUGCUUGUGGGCAACAAAGCGGAUUUGCGCCAUCUCAGGGCUGUCACGGUGGAGGACUCAAAGGCUUUUGCCGAGAGGGAGAACUCCUUCUUUAUGGAGACAUCUGCUCUAGAAUCAACCAACGUGGAUAAUGCCUUCACAGAAGUACUCACCCAGAUAUAUCGUGUCACAAGCAGGAAGGCGCUCGAUGCUGGUGAUGAUCCCACAACGUUGCCAAAGGGUCAAACCAUCAACAUCGGCACCCAUGAUGAUGUAUCUGCUGUUAAGAAAGCUGGUUGUUGUUCAGCGUAGAUCAGAUGUGGAGCAAAAUAUUUGU